AAUGACCACAACUGUUGCCCCAACCACCACAGUUCCUCCAACAACCAAAACUGCUGCUCCAACCACCACAACAGUUGCCCCAAUCACAACUGUUGCUCCAACGACCAAAACUGCUGCUCCAACCACCACCACAGUUGCUCCAACCACCACCCCUAUUGCUCAAACAACCACAACUGUUGCUCCAACAGCCACAACUGCUGCUCCAACAACCACAACCGUUGCCCCAACCACCACAGUUGCUUCAACAACCACAACUGCUGCUCCAACAACCACAACAGUUGCCCCAACCACAACUGUUGCUCCAACGACCACAACUGUUGCUCCAACAACCACAACUGUUACACCAACGACCACCACAGUUGCUGCAACGACCUCAACUGUUUCACCAACGACCACCACAGGUGCCCCAACCACCACAGUUGCUCCAACGACAAUAAAUGUUGCUCCAACAACCACUACGGUUGCUCCGACCACCACCACAGUUGUUCCAACGACCACAGUUGUUGCUCCAACAACCACAACCACAACUGCUGCUCCAACGACCACAACAGUUGCCCCAACAACCACAGUUGCUCCAACAACCACCACGGUUGCUCCAACCACCACCACAGUUGCUCCAACGACCACAACUGUUGCCCCAACCACCAAAGUUGCUCCAACAAUGACCACUGUUGCUCCAACAACCACCACGGUUGCUCCAAACACCACCACAUUUGCUCCAACAACAACAACUGUUGCUCCAACGACCACAACUGAAGCACCAACGACCACCAAAGUUCCUCCAACAUCUACAACUGUUGCUCCAACCACCACCACAGUUGCUCCAACCACCACAACAGUUGGUCAAAAAACCACAACUGUUGCUCCAACAACCACAACUGCUGUUCCAACGACUACAACAGUUGCCCCAACCACCACAGUUGCUCUAACAAUCACAACUGUUGCUUCAACGGCCACAAUUAUAGCACCAACGACCACAACAGUUCCUCCAACAACCACAACUUUUGCUUCAAUGACCACAACCGUUGCUACAACAACCACAACUGUUGCUCCAACAACCACAACUGUUGCUCCAACCACCACCACAGUUGCUCCAACAAUGACAACUGUUGCUCCAAUAUCCACAACUGCUGCCCCAACCACCACCACAGUUGCUCCAACCACCACCACAGUUGCUCCAACCACCACCACUGUUGCUCAAGUAACCACAACUGUUGCUCCAACAACCACAACUGCUGCUCUAACGACCACAACCGUUGCCCCAACCACCACAGUUGCUCCAACAACCACAACUGCUGCUCCAACCACCACCACAGUUGCUCCAACCACCACCACAGUUGCUCCAACCACCACCACUGUUGCUCAAGCAACCACAACUGUUUCUCCAACAACCACAACUGCUGCUCCAACGACCACAACCGUUGCCCCAACCACCAAAGUUGCUCCAACAACCACAACUGCUGCUCCAACGACCACAACAGUUGCCCCAACCACCACAGUUGCUCCAACGACCACAACUGCUGCUCCAACCACCACCACAGUUGCUCCAACCACCAUCACUGUUGCUCAAACAACCACAACUGUUGCUCCAAUGACCACAACUGUUGGCCCAACCACCACAGUUCCUCCAACAACCAAAACUGCUGCUCCAACCACCACAACAGUUGCCCCAAUCACAACUGUUGCUCCAACGACCAAAACUGCUGCUCCAACCACCACCACAGUUGCUCCAACCACCACCCCUAUUGCUCAAACAACCACAACUGUUGCUCCAACAGCCACAACUGCUGUUCCAACAACCACAACCGUUGCCCCAACCACCACAGUUGCUUCAACAACCACAACUGCUGCUCCAACAACCACAACAGUUGCCCCAACCACAACUGUUGCUCCAACAACCACAACUGUUGCUCCAACAAUCACAACUGUUACACCAACGACCACCACAGUUGCUGCAACGACCUCAACUGUUUCACCAACGACCACCACAGGUGCCCCAACCACCACAGUUGCUCCAACGACAAUAAAUGUUGCUCCAACAACCACUACGGUUGCUCCGACCACCACCACAGUUGUUCCAACGACCACAGUUGUUGCUCCAACAACCACAACCACAACUGCUGCUCCAACGACCACAACAGUUGCCCCAACAACCACAGUUGCUCCAACAACGACAACUGUUGCUCCAACAACCACCACGGUUGCUCCAACCACCACCACAGUUGCUCCAACGACCACAACUGUUGCCCCAACCACCAAAGUUGCUUCAACAAUGAACACUGUUGCUCCAACAACCACCACGGUUGCUCCAAACACCACCACAUUUGCUCCAACGACAACAACUGUUGCUCCAACGACCACAACUGAAGCACCAACGACUACCAAAGUUCCUCCAACAUCUACAACUGUUGCUCCAACCACCACCACAGUUGCUCCAACCACCACAACAGUUGGUCAAAAAACCACAACUGUUGCUCCAACAACCACAACUGCUGUUCCAACGACUACAACAGUUGCCCCAACCACCACAGUUGCUCUAACAACCACAACUGUUGCUUCAACGGCCACAACUAUAGCACCAACGACCACAACAGUUCCUCCAACAACCACAACUUUUGCUUCAAUGACCACAACCGUUGCUCCAACAACCACAACUGUUGCUCCAACAACCACAACUGUUGCUCCAACCACCACCACAGUUGCUCCAACAAUGACAACUGUUGCUCCAACAUCCACAACUGCUGCCCCAACCACCACCACAGUUGCUCCAACCACCACCACAGUUGCUCCAACCACCACCACAGUUGCUCCAACAACCACAACCGUUGCCCCAACCACCACAGUUGCUACAACAACCACAACUUCUGCUCCAACGACCACAACUGUUGCUCAAACAACCACAACUGCUGCUCCAACCACCACAACAGUUUCCACAACCAACACAGUUGCUCCAACAACCACAACAGUUGCUCCAACCACCACCACAGUUGCUCCAACCACCACCACAGUUGCUCAAACAUCCACAACUGUUGCUCCAACAACCACAAGUGCUGCGCCAACGACUACAACAGUUGCCCCAACCACCACAGUUGCUCUAACAACCAAAACUGUUGCUCCAACGACUACAACUGUAGCACCAAAGACCACUGUUGCUCCAACGACAACAACUGUUGCUGCAACAACCACCACAGUUGCUCCAUCCACCACCACAGUUGCUUCAACAAGCACAACUACUGCUCCAACGACCACAACCGGUGCCCCAACCACCACAGGUGCUCCAACAGCCACAACUGCUGCUCCAACGACCACAACAGUUGCCCCAACCACCACAGUUGCUCCAACAACGACAACUGUUGCUCCAAUUAUGACUACGGUUGCUCCAACCACCACCACAGUUGCUCCAACGACCACAGCUCUUGCUCCAAUGACCACAACUGUUGCUCCAACAACCACAACUGUUACACCAACGACCACCACAGUUGCUCCAACGACCACCACAGUUGCUCCAACAACCAAAACUGCUGCUCCAACGACCACAACAGUUGCACCAACCACCACAGUUGCUCCAACAACGACAACUGUUGCUCCAUCAACCACCACUGUUGCUCCAACCACCACCACAGUUAUUCCAACAACCACAACUGUCGCUCCAACGACCACAACUGUUGCUCCAACAACCACAACUGCUGCUCCAUCGACCACAACAGUUGCCCCAACCACCACAGUUGCUCCAAAAACAACAACUGUUGCUCCAACGACUACAACUAUAGCACCAACGACCACAACAGUUCCUCCAACAACCACAACUGUUGCUCCAACGACCACAACUGUUGCUGCAACGACCACAACCGUUGCUCCAACCACCACAGUUGCUCCAACAACAACAACUGUUGCUCCAAUGACCACAACUAUAGCACGAACGACCACAACAGUUCCUCAAACAACCACCACAUUUGCUCAAACAACCACAACUGCUGCUCCAACGACCACCACGGUUGCUCCAACCACCACCACAGUUGUUCCAACCACCACCACAGUUGCUCCAACAACCACAACUGUUGCUCCAACAACCACAACAGUUGCUAAAGCCACCACCACAUUUGCUCAAACAACCACAGCUGUUACACCAACGACCACCACAGUUGCUCCAACAACCAAAACUGCUGCUCCAACGACUACAACAGUUGCCCCAACCACUACUGUUGCUCCAACGACGACAACUGUUGCUCUACCAACCACCACUGUUGCUCCAACCACCACCACCGUUAUACCAACAACCACAACUGUCGCUCCAACGACCACAACUGUUGCUCCAACAACCACAACUGCUGCUCUAUCGACCACAACAGUUGCCCCAACCACCACAGUUGCUCCAACAACAACAACUGUUGCUCCAACGACCACAACUAUAGCAACAACGACCACAACAGUUCCUCCAACAACCACAACUGUUGCUCCAACGACCACAACCGUUGCUCCAACCACCACAGUUGCUCCAACAACCACAACUGCUGCUUUUACGACCACAACAGUUGCCCCAACAACCACAGUUGCUCCAACGACAACAACUGUUACUCCAACAACCACAACCAUUGCUCCUUCCACCACCACAGUUGCUCCAACGACCACAACUGUUGCUCCAACAACCACAACUGUUACACCAACGACCACCACAGUUGUUCCAACGACCACAACUGUUGUUCCAACAACCACAACUGUUGCUUCAACGACUACAACAGUUGCCCCAACCACCACAGUUGCUCUAACGUCCACAACUGUUGCUCCAACGACCACAACUGUAGCACCAAUGACCACAACAGUUCCUUCAACAACCAGGACAACUGUUACUCCAACAACCACAACAGUUGCUCCAACCACAACCAAAGUUGCUCCAACGACAACAAAAGUUGAUCAAACAACCACAACUGUUGCUCCAACAUCCACAACUGCUGCUCCAACGAUCACAACAGUUGCCUUUACGACCACAGUUGCUCCAACGAUGACAACUGUUGCUCCAACAACCACAACUGCUGCUCUAACCACCACAACAGUUGCAAAAACAACCACAACUGUUGUUCCAACAACCACCACAGUUGCUCCAACGACAACAACAGUUCCUCCAACAACCACAACAGUUUCUCAAACAACAACAAAUGUUGGUCCAACAACCACAACAGUUCCUCCAACAACUACCACAGUUGCUCCUACUACCACAACAGUUCCUCCAACUACCACAACAGUUCCUCCAACCACCGCAACAGUUGCUAAAACAACCACAACGGUUGGUCCAACGACCACAACUGUUGCUCCAACGACCACAACUGCUACUCAAACGACCACAACUGUUGCUCCAACCACCACAACAGUUGCUCCAACGACCACAACAGUUCAUUCUACAACUACCACAGUUGCUCCAUCGACCCCAACAGUUCCUCCAACAAACACAACAAUAGCUCAAAAAACCACAAAUGUUGGUCCAAAGACCACAGCUGCUGCUCAAAUGACCACAACUGUUGGUCCAAUGGCCACAACUGUUGCUCCAACAACCACAACUGUUGCUCCAAUGACCACAACUGUUGUUCCAACAACCACCACAGUUGCUCCAACGACAAAAACUGUUGCUUCAACUACCACUACAGUGCCUCCAAAAACCACAACAGUUGCUUCAACGACAACAACUGUUAUUUCAACUACCACUACAGUUCCUCCAACAACCACAACAUUUGCUCAAACAACCACAACUGUUGCUCAAACGACCACCACAAUUGCUCCAAUGACCACAACUGUUGCUCCAACAACCAGAACUGCUGCUCCAACGAGCCCAACUGCUGCUCCAACAACCACAACUGUUGCUCCAACAACCAAAACUGUUGCUCCAACAACAACAACUCUUACUCCAACUACCUCAUCAGUUCCUCCAACAACCACAACAGUUGCGCAAAUAACCACAACUGUUAUUCCAAAAACCACAGCUGCUGCUCCAACAACCACAACUGUUGCUCCAACAAUCAAAACUGUUGGUCCAACGACCAAAACUGUUCCUCCAACUACUACCACAGUUUCUCCAACAAAAACAACUCUUACUCCAACGACCACAACAGUUCCUUCAACAACUACCACAGUUGCUCCAACUACCACAACUGUAACUCCAACAACCACAACAGUUGCUCAAACAACCACAACUGUUGGUCCCAGUACCACAACUGUUGGUCCAACUACCACAACUGUUGCUCCAACAACCACAACUACUGCUCAAACAACAACAACUGUUGGUCCAACUACCACAACUGUUGCUCCAACAACCACAACUCCUGCUCAAACAACAACAACUGUUGCUGCCACCACCACAACAGUUUCUCCAACUACCACAACGGUUGCUCCAAACACCACAACAGUUGGUCCAAUGACCACAACAGUUGUUCCAACAACCAUCACAGUUGCUCCAACGACCACAACAGUAGCCCCAAUGACCACAACAGUUCCUUCAACAACUACCAUAGUUGCUCCAACUACCACAACUGCAACUCCAACAAUCACAACAGUUGCUCAAAUAACCACAACUGUUGGUCCAAAAACCACAGCAGUUACUCAAACAACCACAACUGUUGGUCCAACAACCACAACUGUUGCUCCAAGUACCACAACUGUUGCUCCAAGUACCACAACUGUUGCUCCAACAACAACAACUGUUGCUGCCAUCACCACAACAGUUGCUCCAACUACCACAACGGUUGCUCCAAGCACCACCACAGUUGGUCCAAUGACCACAACUGUUGCUCCAACGACCACAACUGCAACUCCAACAACCACAACAGUUGCUCAAACAACCACAACUGUUGCUCAAACGACCACCACAAUUGCUCCAAUGACCACAACUGUUGCUCCAACAACCAGAACUGCUGCUCCAACGAGCCCAACUGCUGCUCCAACAACCACAACUGUUGCUCCAACAACCAAAACUGUUGCUCCAACCACCACAACUAUUCCUUCAACAACUAAAACAGUUGCUCCAACAACAACAACUCUUACUCCAACUACCUCAUCAGUUCCUCCAACAACCAAAACAGUUGCGCAAAUAACCACAACUGUUAGUCCAAAAACCACAGCUGCUGUUCCAACGACCAAAACUGUUGCCCCAACAAUCAAAACUGUUGGUCCAACGACCACAACUAUUCCUCCAACUACUACCACAGUUUCUCCAACAAAAACAACUCUUACUCCAACGACCACAACAGUUCCUUCAACAACUACCACAGUUGCUCCAACUACCACAACUGUAACUCCAACAACCACAACAAUUGCUCAAACAACAACAACUAUUGGUCCAACAACCACAACUACUUCUCAAACAACAACAACUGUUGCUGCCACCACCACAACAGUUUCUCCAACUACCACAACGGUUGCUCCAAGCACCACAACAGUAGCCCCAAUGACCACAACAGUUCCUUCAACAACUACCAUAGUUGCUCCAACUACCACAACUGCAACUCCAACAAUCACAAAGGUUGCUCAAACAACCACAACUGUUGCUCCAACUACCACAACUGUUGCUCCAACGACCACAACUGCUGCUCAAAAAACCACAACUGCUGGUCCAAAAACCACAGCUGUUGCUCAAACGACCACCACUGUUACUCCAACAACCACAACAGUUCCUUCAAAAACUACCACAGUUGCUCCAACUACCACAACUGUAACUCCAACAACCACAACAGUUGCUCAAACAACCACAACUGUUGCUCCAACUAUCAGAACUGUUGCUCCAACGACCAGAACUGCUGCUCCAACAAGCCCAACUGCUGCUCCAACGACCACAACUAUUCAUCCAAAAACUAAAACAGUUGCUCCAACAACAAUUCUUACUCCAACUACCACAACAUUUCCUUCAACAACCACAACAGUUGCUCAAAUAACCACAACUGUUGGUCCAAAAACCACAACUGUUGCUCCAACUACCACAACUGUUGCUCCAACAACAACAACUGUUGCUGCCAUCACCACAACAGUUACUCCAACUACCACAACGGUUUCUCCAAGCACCACCACAGUUGGUCCAAUGACCACAACAGUUGUUCCAACAACCAUCACAGUUGCUCCAACGACCACAACUGCAACUCUAACAACCACAACAGUUGCUCAAACAACCGCAACUGUUGCUCCAACUACCACAACUGUUGCUCCAACGACUACUAAUGCUGCUCAAAUAACCACAACUGUUGCUCCAAAAACCACAGCUGCUGCUCAAACGACCACCACUGUUGCUCCAACACCCACAACUGUUGCUCCAACGACCCGAACUGCUGCCCCAACAACCACAACAGUUGCUCAAACAACCACAACAGUUCCUUCAAAAACUACCACAGUUGCUCCAACUACCACAACUGUAACUCCAACAACCACAACAGUUGCUCAAACAACCACAACUGUUGCUCCAACUAUCACAAAUGUUGCUCCAACGACCAGAACUGCUGCUCCAACGAGCCCAACUGCUGCUCCAACGACCACAACUGUUGCUCCAACAACCAAAACUGUUGCUCCAACGACAACAACUAUUCCUCCAACAACUAAUACAGUUGCUCCAACUACCACAACUGUUACUCCAACAACCACAAGUGUUGCUCAAACAACCACAACUGUUGGUCCAACUACCACAACUUUUCCUCCAACAACCAAGACUACUGCUCAAACAACAACAACUGUUGCUGCCAACACCACAACAGUUGCUCCAACUACCACAACAGUUGCUUCAACAACCACCACAGUUGCUCAAAUAACAACAACUCUUGGUCCAAAGACCACAACUGUUGCUCCAACUACCACAACAGUUCCUCCAAAAACCGCAACAGUGGCUCAAAUAACCACAACUGUUGGUCCAAAGACCACAGCUGCUGCUCAAAUGACCACAACUGCUGCUCAAAUGACCACAACUGUUGCUCCAAACACUAUAACUGUUGCUCCAACGACCAAAACAGUUCUUCUAACAACUACCACAAUUGCUCCAACUACCACAGCUGUUGCUCAAACGACCAUCACUGCUGCUCCAACAACCACAACAGUUCCUUCAACAACUACCACAGUUGCUCCAACUACCACAACAGUUCCUCCAACGACCACAACAGUUGCUCAAACAACCACAACUGUUGGUCCAACGACCACAAUUGUUGCUCCAACGACCACAACAGUUGGUCCAAAAAGCACACUAGUUGCUCCAACCAGCACAACAGUUCCUUCAACAACCAGAAGUAUUGCUCAAAGAACCACAAUUGUUUUUCCAACAAGCACAUCUGUUGCUCCAACGACCACAACUGUUGCUCCAACAACAACAACUGUUGCAACAACCACAAUAGUUGCUCCAACCAGCACAACAGUUGCACCAACCAGCACAACAGUUGCUCCAACCAGCCCAACAGUUGCUUCAACAAAUAAAACUGUAGCUCCAACGACCACAACAGUUCCUCUAACAACUAGAGUUGUUCCAUUGACCACAAUUGUGGCUCCAAUUACCACCAUUAAUGCUCAAACAACCACAACUGUUGCUCAAACAACCAAAACUAAUGCUCCAACAACCACAACUGAUGCCCCAACAAUCACAACCAAUGCUCCAGCAACAACUACAACAGUUGCUUUAACAAAAACAACACUAACUCCAAAAAUCACAACUUCUGAUCUGGCAAGCACAACUGUCUCUGCAACAGGACUGAGUACUACAACAACUCCAUUGACAACAAAUAGCUUCUCUGUGACAUCAAUCCAGCCAAUACCUGGUUCAGCAGAGGUGACAAGCAAACUGGUGUUCAACUCCUCAUCUCCAGUCCCCAGUGAAGCUUUGGUGCUCAGUGCUAUCAACAUUCUUCUUGAAUCCAGAGUUUCACAACUGAAAGAAACAGUCAAGCUGAUGAAUGUCAGCUAUGAGAAAAUCUCAGACACCUCAUAUGCAGUCUUCUUUACAUUUACCUUGAGUAACAUCAGCAUGCCAGAAGACCCAGAGUUUAGAAACAACACUUACAAGCAAGUUCAGGACAUGAUCAAUGAUGCGCUGAACACCCUUCUCAAUGAUCCAAGCAGUGUGAAGUUUGAACCCAACUCCUCCAACUUCACGAGCACACCAGACCAAAUACAUGGCAAAAUGGAUUACAUCUUUCAAGAGGGAAAUAAGAUACAACCUGUCAGCUUCCUAAAUGAGCUCAAUAAACUGAUGGGAGUGAGUUCUACAAUGUCUCCACUUACAACAAGUAGCUUCCCUGUGACGUCCUUCCAGCAAAUAUUUGGUUCAGCAGAGGUGACAAGCAAACUGGUGUUCAACUCCUCAUCUCCAGUCCCCAGUGAAACUUUGGUGCUCAGUGCUAUCAACAUUCUCCUGGAAUCCAGAGUUUCACAACUGAAAGAAACAGUCAAGCUGAUGAAUGUCAGCUAUGAAAAAAUCUCGGACACCUUCUAUGCAGUCUUCUUUACAUUUACCUUGAGUAACAUCAGCAUGCCAGAAGACUCAGAGCUUAAAAACAACACUUACAAGCAAGUUCAGGACAUGAUCAAUGAUGCGCUGAACACCCUUCUCAAUGAUCCAAGCAGUGUGAAGUUUGAACCCAACUCUUCCAACUUCAUAAGCACAUCAGACCAAAUCCAUGGCAAUAUGGAUUAUACCUUCCAAGAUGGAGCUGAGAUACAACCUGUCAGUUAUCUAAAUGAGCUUCGUAAACUGAUGGGUGUAAGUUCUACAAUGUCUCCACUUACAACAAGUAGCUUCCCUGUGACGUCCUUCCAGCAAAUAUCUGGUUCAGCAGAGGUGACAAGCAAACUGGUGUUCAACUCCUCAUCUUCAGUCCCCAGUGAAGCUUUGGUGCUCAGUGCUAUCAACAUUCUCCUGGAAUCCAGAGUUUCACAACUGAAAGAAACAGUCAAGCUGAUGAAUGUCAGCUAUGAAAAAAUCUCAGACACCUCCUAUGCAGUCUUCUUUACAUUUACCUUGAGUAACAUAAGCAUGCCAGAAGACCCAGAGCUUAAAAACAACACUUUCAAGCAAGUGCAGGACAUGAUCAACAAUGUGCUGAACACUCUUCUGAAUGAUCCAAGCAGUAAGAAGUUUGAACCCAGCUCAUCCAACUUCACGAGCACAUCAGACCAAAUCCAUGGCAAUAUGGAUUAUACCUUCCAAGAUGGAGCUGAGAUACAACCUGUCAGUUUCCUAAAUGAGCUUCGUAAACUGAUGGGACUGAGUACUACAACAACUCCAUUGACAACAAAUAACUUCUCUGUGACAUCAUUCCAGCCAAUACCUGGUUCAGCAGAGGUGACAAGCAAACUGGUGUUCAACUCCUCAUCUCCAGUCCCCGGUGAAGCUUUGGUGCUCAGUGCUAUCAACAUUCUCCUAGAAUCCAGAGUUUCACAACUGAAAGAAACAGUCAAGCUGGUCAAUGUCAGCUAUGAAAAAGUCUCAGACACCUCAUAUGCAGUCUUCUUCACAUUUGCCUUGAGUAAAAUCAGCAUGCCAGAAGACCCAGAGUUUAGAAACAACACUUACCAGCAAGUACAGGACAUGAUUAAUGAGGCGCUAAACACUCUUCUGAAUGAUCCAAGCAGUAAGAAGUUAGAACCCAGCUCAUCCAACUUCACGAGCACAUUAGACCAAAUUCAUGGCAAUAUGGAUUAUACCUUCCAAGAUGGAGCUGAGAUACAACCUGUCAGUUUCCUAAAUGAGCUUCGUAAACUGAUGGGACUGAGUACUACAACAACUCCAUUGACAACAAGUAGCUUCUCUGUGACAUCAUUCCAGCCAAUACCUGGUUCAGCAGAGGUGACAAGCAAACUGGUGUUCAACUCCUCAUCUCCAGUCCCCGGUGAAGCUUUGGUGCUCAGUGCUAUCAACAUUCUCCUGGAAUCCAGAGUUUCACAACUGAAAGAAACAGUCAAGCUGAUGAAUGUCAGCUAUGAAAGUAAGUGUUGUCAUUUUCAGGUGAAACACUGUCUGUAA